AUGGGCUGCGGGAACAGUAAGGUGCAGCCUGAGGCGUCCAGGAAGGGCUACGUGAGUGUGGUGCAGUCACUUGUGGCUUUCAGUAAAGUGCGAGGAGACGAUGAGCCGAGCAAGCAGAGGGAGAAGCGAAGAGGUCUGUGGUUUUCUGUCAGCCUUGACAACUCUCGGCUAGCAUCAAACUGGCAGGCGCAACUCAGACAAGGGUGUCGGCGGGACGAGGCUGAAAGGUAUAAGGACAAGUUUGAGCCGCGCGUCACAGCAAGAUAUGACAUCAAGGCUCUGAUCGGUCGCGGAGGCUUCAGCCGCGUCGUGCGCGUCGAGCACAGGGCGACUCGCCAGCCCUUCGCCAUAAAAAUGAUGGAGGUGGAGGCCCAAGAGGGCCGUGAGGUGUGCGCCUCGGAGCUGGCGGUGCUGCGGCGGGUGAGCCACGGCAAUGUCAUCCAGCUCAUCGAGGUGUUCCAGUUUCCACAGCGGGUUUACAUGGUCCUGGAACUGGCGACCGGCGGGGAGCUGUUGGACCGCGUCGUCAGCAGGGGCCACUUCACGGAGCGAGAUGCCACCCAGGCCCUUCAGAUGGCUCUGGCUGGGGUGGGGUACCUGCACGACUUGGGCAUCACACACAGAGACUUGAAGCCUGAGAAUCUUCUGUACUACCACCCUGGACCUGACUCAAGAUUGCUGGUGACUGACUUUGGAUUGGCCACUUUUGCUGCCACACCAGAGGUUUCUAAACCCGACGGAAGCGACAGUGGGGGUGGAACUAAAGGAGACAGGUCGUGGUCUUUGAGAACCACCUGUGGAACCCCUGAGUACAUGGCCCCUGAAGUGUUGCUGAGGAAACCCUAUUCCUGCGCAGUGGACAUGUGGUCUCUGGGGGUGAUUGCAUACAUUGUGCUGAGUGGAUCCAUGCCGUUUGAGGAGGACAAUCGCGCGCGGCUCUUCAGGUGCAUAGUGAGAGGAAAAUACAGCUUCCACGGAAAUCCUUGGCAGUCGGUGUCCAACUUGGCCAAGGAUUUUAUCCUGCGCCUGCUGGUGCUGGACCCCGCCGCCCGCCUCACCGCCGCCCAAGCCGUCCGCCAUCCCUGGGUGGUCACCAUGGCAGCCAGCUCCUCCAUGAGGAACCUCCAUCGAUCUAUUUCCCAGAACCUGAGGCAGCGGGCAUCGCGCAGCUCCUCGCGGUGCCCUAGCAGCGCCGCGAGCUCUGGGGAUGCUAACGCCGCGGGGUGGGUAGGGAAGAGGAAAAGCAGGAGCAGCACCGGGGCUGAGCAGCUGGACUGAUGCAGCCUCAGAGAGACGUGCAAACCCGAGCCAGAACACUCCAGGAGCAUCAGCGCCGCCCGGGUAAAGCAUCAGACUCACAGAAAGGCUAAUGAAGGGACGGAACCAGCUGCCUUAGCACUGGGUGUAUUACAAGAACAAGCCUCAGAGCAGCGUACAGAGGGGGUGAAGUAACCGGGACAGGUGGUGUGACAAAAAAGUUUUCAAGGUUUCUUUAUCAGGGUAACAACCCAGGUUCCCCUAAAGGCUGAUUUCCAUCUUCCAUUAGUUUCUUGUGGGUGAAUAUCCUUCAGGUGUGAUGUCCAGGCCAAAACAGAGACAGAGCUGUCCACCUCCACAAAAGCCCUAGCCCCUGGUAAUUCACACCGCUCAGACUAAUGGGUUCAAGGUCUCAUUUAGAUCAUUACGAGUCAUGACAUUACCUGCCUGUGAAGAGGUUCAUUCCUAAAGCUUGGAAAUGUAUCUUUUGAGGAACAGGGGCUAAUUAUAGCCUGGAUCGUGGAAAAGUAGAACAAAAAAUUUCCUCCUUCCUUUCUCACCCUUUUUCUUUCUUAUAAAAUCUAAUUUAUACUCCCCUCCACCAAACAGUGGGAAGAUUAAUUUUUUUUUUAAAUAUAUUUUUAGGGGAAAGGGAGCCGGUGUGACAGCGCUUUUGUCUUUUCCUUUGUUGUUACUCCUCCUACACAGGAGUACCCGCAGUCCCGAGUACACUGA